GGCCAUGGAAUUUUCUCCUCCCAAGGUGAUAUCUUUCUGAAUUAUCGUUUCCGUCUUGCCUCUUUUGUGCAACCAUAUAUACCUUCCACCAGCCGAGCAGAAAUGGCGGCUCUCACUCCGUACAAGGCCGAUUUCCUCAAAGCGGCCAUCAAUGGCGGGGUCCUCAAGUUCGGCAGCUUCGAGCUGAAGUCCAAGCGCAUAUCCCCCUACUUCUUCAACGCCGGUGACUUCUACCGUGCCGACCUGCUCCGGGCCAUCACGACGGCGUACGCGAAGGCCAUAAUCGAGGCUCGGGAGCAAGACGGACUGGACUUCGACAUCAUCUUCGGCCCGGCGUAUAAGGGAAUCCCUCUUGCAACGUCAACCACAGACAAGCUUGCCGACCUGGACCCGCAGACUUACGGGCAGAUAUGCUACUCGUUCGACCGGAAGGAGGCCAAGGACCACGGAGAGGGCGGCAACAUUGUCGGGGCGCCGUUGAAGGGCAAGAGAGUGCUCAUCGUGGACGACGUGAUAACGGCCGGGACGGCGAAACGAGAGGCCAUCGCCAAGAUUAGGAAGGAAGGCGGGACAGUGGUCGGCAUCGUGGUCGCCUUGGACCGCAUGGAGAAGCUGCCUUCACCCGACGGCGACGAUAGCAAGCCGAUGCCUAGCGCUCUUGGAGAGAUCCGCAAGGAAUACAACAUUCCCAUCAUCGCCAUCCUUACGCUUGAUGAUAUCAUCGCAGGGAUGAAGAGCUUCGCCAGCGAAGAGGACACCAGAAGGACUGAGGAGUACCGAGCGAAGUAUAAAGCAAGCGACUAGGUGGCCUCGUCUUGACGGUCGUCUGGGUGGCAGUUACCUUUCUUGCCAGAGCUGCCCGUGUCUCCCAGGCGGGUAUGCAGCUCCAAGUUAACCACUACUCCGACGACGGUUAUCCAAGCCGCAGGUUGAACCCCUACGUGAUUAUCCCAAUACUUGAACGUCCCGGUGUCCCGGUAGACCGAUCACUGCCCUGAACCAUCUAUAACUCCGGGACCCUGUCUAUGCAUGUCUAUCCCAAUUCUAUUCCCCGACCGUAGAACUCAUCCGAUGCUUUGAACCAAAAACACAGAAUCUGCAAUCCCCGGG